AUGUUUCAGAGACAUCUUAAAGUUCAAACGGAGAUUGCCUCAAAAAAAAAAAAAAAAAAAAAAAAAAGAUUGUACAAAGAAGAAGAAGAAGAAGACAAAGAAGAAGAAGAAGAAGACAAAGAAGAAGAAGAAGAAGACAAAGAAGAAGAUGAAGAAGACAAAGAAGAAGAAGAAGAAGACAAAGAAGAAGAAGAAGACAAAGAAGAAGAAGAAGAAGAAGAAGAAGAAGAAGAAGAAGACAAAGAAGAAGAAGACGAAGAAGAAGAAGAAGAAGAAGAAGAAGAAGAAGACGAAGAAGAAGAAGAAGACAAAGAAGAAGAAGAAGAAGAAGAAGAAGAAGAAGACAAAGAAGAAGAAGAAGAAGACGAAGAACACAAAGAAGAAGAAGAAGAAGACGAAGAACACAAAGAAGAAGAAGAAGAAGACAAAGAAGAAGAAGAAGAAGAAGACGAAGAAGAAGAAGAAGAAGAAGAAGAAGAAGAAGAAGAAGAAGAAGACAAAGAAGAAGAAGAAGAAGAAGAAGAAGAAGAAGAAGAAGAAGAAGAAGACGAAGAAGACAAAGAAGAAGAAGACAAAGAAGAAGAAGAAGACAAAGAAGAAGAAGAAGACAAAGAAGAAGAAGAAGACAAAGAAGGAGAAGACAAAGAAGGAGAAGACAAAGAAGACAAAGAAGAAGAAGAAGAACAACAACAACAACAAGACAAAGAAGAAGAACAAUAA